AUGGGGCGCUCCCAUGGCGGACCGUUUAUUUCCCCUAAAUCCUCAUUGGUCACCGCACAUGGCGACAUGGGCAGCCCUCUGGAAGGAUGGACAACACGGACCGACACUAACGAACUGAGGAAGUUGGGAACUUCCUCAGAGGAUGAACUCUUGGCCUCCAGCCAAGAGACGGUUGAUGGCAAAGCUGUGGGCCACAGCACGCCAUCAACCUUAAAUCAACCAUCCACAUCCGCUGAUGCCAAGGGGCAAAAGCGUCAAAACGUUAAAAAAGGCACGCCCAGGUAUAAGCUUUACCAGAGGUCUCUGGCUAUUCUCGGUAGAAUAAAUAAAAAUGAGGCUGAAGGAAAAACUAAUCCAAAGGACGCGGCCGAUAAGGCAAGGUGCCAAAAGGUGGUCGAUGAGUACCUGGCGUUCCAGACCACCCAGAAGGCAGAAGCCGUAAAACCCAAUCGUUCGCAGGACGAAAGCGACAAACCUAAGAAGAAGCACAAAGUGUCGGCUCACACCGCUUCAAUACCAAAACCAACCAAACGCACAUUUAAUGAGGUGGCACGGGAUCACCUGCAAAUAGCGUUGGUUGAUGAAAUAACUAACCGCGGUAAACCUGCAUCGGAUAAGUGGUCCGAAAUCGAGGCACGGCUGUCCCGCAUUGUCGUCGAUCACGUCAUGGCAAACCCGGAGGCCGCAUCUGGAUAUCGAACAUGGGGUUCGAAGCUAAGCAACUAA